GGUCAGCCGCCGCGGCGCGGCAAGAUGCUGGAUGGGUCCCUUCUGGCGCGCUGGCUGGCCGCGGCCUUCGGGCUGACGUUGCUGCUCGCCGCGCUGCGCCCUUCGGCCGCCUACUUCGGGCUAACAGGAAGCGAACCCCUGACUAUCCUCCCUCUGACCCUGGAGACUGAGGCUGCCGCCCAAGCACACUACAAGGCCUGUGACAGGCUGAAGCUGGAGCGCAAGCAGCGACGCAUGUGCCGAAGGGACCCAGGUGUGGCCGAGACCCUGGUGGAGGCGGUGAGCAUGAGCGCGCUGGAGUGCCAGUACCAGUUCCGCUUCGAGCGCUGGAACUGCACCCUGGAGGGCCGCUACCGAGCCAGCCUGCUCAAGCGAGGCUUCAAGGAGACGGCUUUCCUCUACGCCAUCUCUUCGGCGGGCCUGACGCACGCCCUGGCCAAAGCAUGCAGUGCCGGACGCAUGGAGCGCUGCACCUGUGACGAGGCUCCCGACCUGGAAAACCGCGAGGCCUGGCAGUGGGGCGGCUGCGGAGACAACCUCAAGUACAGCAGCAAGUUUGUCAAGGAGUUCCUGGGCCGGCGGUCCAGCAAGGAUCUGCGAGCCCGGGUGGACUUCCACAACAACCUCGUGGGUGUGAAGGUGAUAAAGGCUGGGGUGGAGACCACCUGCAAAUGCCACGGUGUGUCAGGUUCCUGCACCGUGCGGACCUGCUGGCGGCAGCUGGCACCCUUCCAUGAGGUGGGGAAGCACCUGAAACACAAAUAUGAGACAGCGCUCAAGGUGGGCAGCACGACCAAUGAAGCCACCGGCGAGGCGGGUGCCAUCUCCCCACCACGGGGCCGGGCCUCCGGGUCAGGGGGCGGUGACCCGCUGCCCCGGACGCCAGAGCUCGUCCACCUGGACGACUCCCCCAGCUUCUGCCUGGCUGGCCGCUUUUCCCCUGGCACCGCAGGCCGCAGGUGCCACCGGGAGAAGAACUGCGAGAGUAUCUGCUGUGGCCGCGGCCACAACACGCAGAGCCGCGUGGUGACGAGGCCCUGCCAGUGCCAGGUACGCUGGUGCUGCUACGUGGAAUGCAGGCAGUGCACACAGCGAGAGGAGGUCUACACCUGCAAGGGCUGACCCGAGGCCCCGCCGCCCCUCCACAAGGGGUGUGGGGCUUUGCACACAGCAUCAGAAGAAUUCUACACCCGCAGGAGCUGACUCCCGGGCCCCGCCAGCCCUUCUUCAGGGAGCGUAGGCGCUGCACCCAGCGCACGAGGUUUUAACCUGCGUCGAGUGGGCCUAGAGUGGGCCGUGCAGGCCCAGCCUAUCCUGCUGUGUGGGGCACAGGCGACACCAACAACACAAAAGGUCCGCAAGGAAGGAAAGGUGCCCCCAGCACACUAGGGGGCCCUGGUAUGCAGACAGCUGAUUGGCUGUCUCCCCUCUCAGAGGCCCAGAGGGCGGGGCUGGCCCCUGUCUGGCCUCCUCAACCCUUUCGCUUAUGCCUUGGGCUUGAGCUUCCUCCCCCUGACCCGAGAGCGUUGCAGUAAUGCUUUCUCAGUCGCCUCCGUCCCUGGAGUGUGGUCCUUGUGGGGGCACCAGUGUGUUGACUAGUCCUCCCUGCCUCUUGGCUUCCUCUGGGGCUUGGAGGGCAGGUGCACCUUUAUAAUCACGCGGCUGCCCUCUGGUCCAGCAGCCUGACGCCAGCACUGUCUUCAGAGAGCCAAACCACUAGGAGAGAGCAGCCACUCCAUCUCCAGGGCCCAGCCUCUGGCCCUCUGACCCUGAGUACUUCCUUGGAGUAUCAGUGACUUUUAAAUUAUUAUUAUUAUUAUUAUUUAACUAAUAUAGUAAUUAUUAUUUUCUCUAUCCCCUUACCUCCUAAUCUGUGGCUUUUUCCUCUGACCUGCCCCAGGCCCAGCCAAGCCAAUCUGGGAGGCCUCGCCUUCCCGUUCCUUUAUGCUCCCUCUUCCUCUGCUUGCUCUAGUUUGAAACCACUACAUCAAGGUCAUGUUUGGAAAGAAACGAAGCAAUGAAACCCUGCCAUGGCCCUCAGGGCUUCUGGAAGCCCACUCCCCAAUUCUACCUUACCUGGGGUCAGAGGCCCUUCUUCCUCUGUACCCUGCAGGCGCCAUGAUCAGGUUGCUGGAUGUAAAUUGUAGGAUCUGGGGUGCUGGAGGCACGGGCUUGGUGACAGAGGCCGUGACGGCUUUCUGACUGUCCAUCUCAGGAAGCCAUUCUUGCUCUGUGUCACCAAGGGAGGUCUGGAGGGACAGACACACUUGCUGUCAUCAUGUCUUGCUGAUGUCUCUGCUGGGGAAAGGUGGCUACACUGAGCGGGUGUUGAGAGUGUGUGUGUGUGCAUGGGUUAUGUGAGUGUGUGAGUGUGUGUACUCUGAGCUGGCCUGGUCAGCAUCCAGUUGGCCUGUGCCCCUCUGCAAUAUGGUGACUCUUUGGCUCCCAGAAAGCCCAGCCUUAGGUUUGUGUAGGAACCCCAUGGCUGUGGAAGCUAGAGUGUGGGCAGGUGGCAGGCGUGGAAGCAGGAACUACUGAGGAAGGAGUGGCUCCCUCGGAGCACCAGGUGUCCAGAAGACCCACGCACGGGGCGGUGGUGGGACUGUGUAUUAAAAGGAAGCCUAUUUAUGUGGAUGAGGGCCUCUGGUCCUUAUUGGAUGUGUAAAUAGCAAAGUCUAUUCUCCUGUGGUUCAUGAUAGGCCGCCGAUGGAUGCCCCAUCCCCAGGAUGAGAGUGUGGGUCUCAGUAUGCAAUGGCUGGUGGGUGGGGGUGCGUACCCCAUCCUUCUGAGAUGUCCGUGCCCAGUCACACUAUUACCACAGACUGGAGCUUCCUCUCCGUCAGAUCUGGGGGAAAGGAGCCUUCCAGUUCAGAGGAAGAGUAUUUUUAUCGAAUACCACAUUUAGCUCUAUGUCCUCAAUAUUCAGAAAAGUAUUUUUUAAAACAAGGCAGAAUGAAAAUGUCUGCCAGCUGGUUUGUUUCUGUAUAAAUAUAUACUAGAAUGUUCUGGAUGAAGCAGCUCCCGAAGGCCAGAGCCUCUUUGAUCCUCUCUUGUACGGGCAGUAGAGUGAGCAGCUGCCCUGCUCCCGGAGGCCACCCAGGGCAUGCCGGCUCUGAGGCUCACUGCUGGCCCGCCCGGCAGGCCAGUGGACACACAAGGGAGCUGUCUUUGUGUGGAGUCCUGUACAGCCUGUGAUUUCUCUACCUCAUCUGUGUGGCGAAUAGGUGUGAACCUGAGUGACUGCAGAGAAUGUAUUUAUUUAACAGCUUUGUGUAACAAAACCAGAAACAAAUGGAAACACUAAAUAAAUGUA